AUGGCGUCUAUUGCUCUCAACUGCCUUGUUUCUGGUGAUGACUCGGACAGAAUAUUCAUCCUCAAGGUCGCUCCCAGCGACAAUGUUUACAACCUCAAGGAAAGAGUCAAGGAGAAGUGGCCUCACCGUCUCGCGAAUAUCGACGCACCUGAAAUCGACCUUUUCAAAGUUUCGCUACCCAUCGACGAUGAGUUGGAUGACAAGUUAAAAUCUUUCAAUGUCGAGCAAGAAAAGCUAAGGUCGUCUGUCAAGAAGAUGUCGGCACUCUUUCAAAGCGUACCCGAGGAGCACCUCCAUGUUAUUGCAGUCCUUCCCCAUGCUGGACGCAAACGAUCUGCUCCCGAACCUGCCUUUCAAACUGAUACGUUCAAACGAACCAAAGUGGCGACCGAAUCCCCAUCUCGAAUCGCAACCAAGUCCGCAUAUGAAUCUUUACAAGGUAGAUCCACCGAGCGACUCCUGGAUGACCGUCCGAAAGCCGACUAUGGAGUCCCUCCUCUUCCACUUCUAUAUCCCGGAUUUGGCAACUUCAAGGAUGACUUCAUGAACGGAAUUUCGGCCAGGUGCUUCGUGAACUCCGUCCCUGACUUUCCCAAUGUCAGGGAACUCGUCGAUGCUGUGGAUGAAUUGGCGUUUGAGAUGUCAAAGUUUCACAAGGACGAGGCCCUCCAGGCGGGAUGCUGGAAUUGCCCUACUGAACAAGAUACUGACCAUGGAAAAUGCGAUGGUCAUGCCACAUCCCCCGACGGUUUCCCGUACCAUGUUGUCCAGUUCAAAAACGAGGUAGUUCACGUCGUGUCCCACCCUGGUGUUGAAGGUGUAGGCUACACAGCACAUCUUCAUGCCAAUUUGAGAGGACCCUGUGGUGCUAUCCCCCAACGGUGGAGAGCACCUUGCAUUGUUACCACCAUCGUUGGACACGAAAUACGAUUCUACGGGGUCAUCUUGCUCGGUCGUCAAUACCGGCAAAUCAGCCUUACUCCAGCGCUAUCCUGCCUUCAAGGAGCCAGCGACGGGGCAGAACGACAGAUGCUAUACGCUGCGUUCUACGCCAUCCUCCGACUACAAAACCGCAUUGCGGCAGAUCUUCAGCAUCACCUCAGCAAUCCACAAACCCACCCCAUCCCAUCCGAUUCUGUCCUCUUUCCCGCCAUCUUGAAGCUCGCCAAACGCGACGGCUCUGGCGACUUUGAAUUCACAAUCACUGGCCAUCGCCAACCUCAAAUGGAGUAUCGUUUGCUCUACAUCGCGCUCGCUAGCGAUAAUUCGACCCGUGUCCUCGUCAAGUUUUCUCAGACCUACUGUCGCGAACUUCACGAGUACUGCUCUCAGAGGGGCCAUGCACCUAAACUGCUCGGCUUCGAGCGACUCCCUGGUGGAUGGUACGGCAUUGCGAUGGAGUACGAUCCCAAGAUGACUUUCAUUCAGACAAAGGAUGACUGUGUGCUCAAGCCCACGGUUGAGCGAUUGAUGAGAGGGUUCCAUGAGGAAGGCUGGGUGCAUGGAGACCUUCGACAUUGCAACAUCCUCGCGAGUGAGGAUCGGAAGCGGGUCUGGGUUGUGGACUUUGAUUGGGGAGGGAAAGAUGGCGAGGUUUCUUAUCCGACUCCGCGGUUGAACCCAAUGCUGGCUGAUGGGAGGAACUGUACUCAUUGGAAGAUCCGGAAGCAGGACGACGAGAGGGUUUUGGAGGCGACGUUUAAGGAGCUGGAGAAAAUGCAGUUAACUCCCUUGUGCAUUCCUCCGAUUACAUACACUUAG